CAAUCUGAAUCAGAAAGUUGGAGGAAGGUCUGGCAGGACGGUUGCAGAGGCGCAGAUCCGAGAAGAACAUUUUGCGAGAGCGGGGCGGCAGGGCGCUUUGAGUCGUGAAGGAGACUUGUAAGUUGCUUCUUCCAGCAGUCCCUUGAGAGUAAAAGUACGGUGGUCGCAGCGCUUGCAAGGGCAAGCCCCACCGGAAGAGGACAGAACUUGGUUGUAGGAGUUGUACGAGAAGACAGGAGGUUCACCAAACAAGGGCUGAGUGCAAAGAGGUCACAGCCAUGCCGAAGAAUAAGGGAAAGGGAGGAAAGAACAGGAGAAGAGGAAAGAACGAGAAUGAAGAGAAGCGAGAGCUGAUCUUCAAAGAGGACGGGCAGGAGUAUGCGCAAGUGCUGCGGAUGCUGGGGAAUGGACGGCUGGAGGCGCAGUGCAUGGACGGCAGUAAGCGGCUAUGCCACAUCAGGGGAAAGCUUCGAAAAAAGGUUUGGGUGAACGCGGGAGACAUCAUCCUUGUUGGACUCCGAGAUUACCAAGACGAAAAGGCUGACGUCAUUACAAAGUACAUGGCUGACGAGGCCCGUAGUUUGAAAGCCUACGGAGAGUUGCCUGACUCGAUCCGUGUCAAUGAAACGGACACGUUUGCUGACGACGAGAACGAAGAGGACGACUACUUCGAUUUCGAUGACAUCAGCGAGAUCUAGACACGUAUCUUCACACAUUUCUGCUUCUUCUUGAGCGGCUUCAGGCUUCUCUUCUCGUAAGCCUGAGGUCCAGAGUACUAAUCAGAGAACGAGUCGGAAGCUGUUGCGCAGCAGACAGUACAGCAGCAAUGAGUUCGAUCAACAUCUUGUCGAUCUUUAGGUCUUCAGAUGGCCUACCCUGUGGUGGUUUGAAGGGCUUGAGGAUUGUUUCCUCGACUUUGAAAAGUGUAGAAGUUUAUAAGCAGAGCUUGUUGUUGUUCAAAUCAAAGGUGCUCAAUGCCGACGGUCUCUAUCCAAGUUUCCAGACGCCACUCCUGGCACGCUUUUACAUAAUCAAAGGACGCCUUACAGGAUGCAUGGUUUGAAGUGUUGCUGCUUGUCGUGUCAAAAGUCAAUUAGGCAGGCACAUGCGUUUUUGUCGUUUGCAUGCUACAGGAGGCCGUUCAUUGCUAAGGUGAACUUACCAAAAGGCGACACGUUAACAUGCAACAAAAAUGGAAACG